AUGGCGGCGUCCGCGAGGCGUGUGCUGAACCUCCAAGCUCAGGAUACCCGCCGCGUUUGGGGGCAGCACUUCGACCUCGCUUCCAAGUGCUUGUGUUCCGCUACUGCCGCGGCUCGGUCUUUGACUGCUCAGAAGCUAGCAGAGAAAUUGCGAGCCGAGAAGCAAGAACAGAAAGCGAAGGAGAAGGAGGUGCCUAGAGACCCUGUUCAGAGGAGAGUGCACGAGCUGAUACGUUAUACUCAACAGCUACAGAAUGUUCACCCCAAUGUACUGUCUAAGGCAUUGAAGAGAGGGAUCCUAUAUCAAGACAAGGACCUUAUUGUCAUCAACAAGCCCUAUGGCCUCCCUGUGCAUGGUGGCCCAGGGGUCAAAAGCUGUAUCACUGAUAUCCUGCCUAUCUUGGCUAAGAUGUUAUUUGGCUUCAAAGCAGAGCCUUUGCACCUUUGCCAUCGCCUGGACAAGGAGACAACAGGGGUGAUGAUCUUGGCACGGGACAAGGAGAUGGCUCACCAAGUCCAAGAGUUGUUUAAAACUCGGCAGGUGACAAAGAAAUACUGGGCCAUCUGUGUGGGGGUCCCCAUGCCUUCCGCAGGGAUGAUUGAUAUCCCCAUCAUUGAGAAGGAGGUGCAAGGCCAGCAGCAACACCAUAAGAUGGCGUUGGCACCCAACUACCGCCUAGAGAAUGGGAAGACAGUGAAGGUCCGUCCAAACAGACAUGCUCAUGUUGCCGUGACCCAGUAUCGGGUGCUAAGUAGCACUCUGACCUGUGCCCUCCUAGAGCUGCAGCCCAUCACAGGGGUGAAGCAUCAACUUCGAGUCCAUCUAGCCUUUGGAUUGGGGUGUCCAGUCCUUGGGGAUCACAAAUAUUCUGACUGGAACAAGUUGGCACCCCAGAAGCUAUCUGUUGGCAUCCUGAAGAAACUGGGCCUGGAACAGACAAAGACCCGUUACCUUCCUCUCCACCUGCAUGCCCAGCAGCUGACCCUACCUCCUCUGGGCCCUGAGAGUCAGGAGCUUAACUUGGUUUGCAAGCUUCCCCGGUACUUCGUGCGUUCUUUAUUACGUCUAGGACUGGAAAUCCCUGAGAAAGAUUGAAAUUUAAGUGAGGGACUGAAAAGAACACAGUAUGAGACAACUGGACAAAUUUUCACUGGGACGCCUUAAAGCCAAUAUUCUGUGAAGCCAACAGGUUUAAAGAGAUGAUUUCCAAGAAGAGAUCUUCAUUUUCUUUGAAGUACUAUUGACUUUGAAGUUGGAGCCUCUGGCCAGGUUGACUUUCCAGUUGAAUUAGAAUCCAGUGUCUGUAUGUACAAGGGACAUUUGAUAAUGAUGGGCUGAAGAAUCCUAGUUGUUUCAAGAUCUCUCAUGUAAAACAAAGCUUAUUUUCUGAUGAGGUCAGCAGGAUGUGGGGAUGCUUGUUUUGAGGGACUUUAUUACCCCCUCUCUUCAUUGAAAUGGAAAAAUCUAGCAAAGCUAGGCAGACUUGUACUAAUUGGGAGAAUUAUAUGUGAAUAACUCCCAAGGACAGAAACAAGAAACAAGAACUAUAUUAACCCCACAAUAAAUUUAUUUAAACCUA